AUGGGAGAAACCAGUCCUUUUACUUCUGGACAAGACCCGCCCAUCCAAUUGCCAGUGAAUGCUCAGCAAGGUGCAGGUGGACUUGCAUCGGCGAUGCCAAAUACUGCAGUGAAUGCGAGCUCAAGCACUGGACAUGGGGUAAAAAUUGUCUUACCCGAUGGUACGGAGAUCCCCUUGGGCGGCCAGUCAAAUGCCGCGGGUCCUAAAGUUCCUGGAUCCACACAGCUAGAUGCGCUGCAGAGAAGCGACAAGUGGCUGCCUAGCAUGCCCGUGGUCGAGUCGAAUCGGUGGAAAAGCCGAAUGGAGGAGAUUUUGGGCAUGGAACAGUGGCUCGAUUCAUUUUGCAAUUGGCUAUCUUUGAUUUCAGAGCCAUUUUGCACAGAAGUGAAGUUUUCUGCGACUUCUCCGCUGCCAAUUGACAAGAAAGAUUUGUCAACUGACCAGAUUUCCCGAAGCUCCAGGCUCAUGGCAAUGCUUCGCCAGACCUUCCAGAUGACUCCGCGAGCCAAAAUCAUUCUGCUUGCUUAUGUAGAAGGCCCUGGAGAUAAGAACGGGUAUGAGGCUUUGCGAAGGAUUGUCCAAGAAUACAUGAUCAAGACUCGUGCUGAGUUGAUGCAUUUCCGCACAUCUUUGCUUGGCCGAACUUUCAAAGCUCAAACAGUGACAGAGGUAAUCAAGCAAAUUGAGUUCGAGGAGAGCCGGUACAACAAGCUUGCUCGGAUGUUGCCCUCGAAUGUACCAGCUUCCGAUUUGGCCCUGCUCCCUAGUGAUUUGGUGAUGGUCCUCAUCAAAUCCUUGCCUGUUGGUGUGAGGGAAUAUGUUGUCAUGCAUAGCCCAAGCCAUGACUAUGUGCAAAUGAAAAAUGCCGCUUUGUUGUACGAAGCCAACCAGAGAACUUGGACAGAGAUUGCAGGCAGCAGUUCUGCCACCUACAUGCAUGGAAUGUUUGACACGAAUGACAAGCCGAAAGGAAAGGGCAAAAGCAAAGAUGGUAAGAAAGGAAAGGGGAAAGCAAAAGAUUCAAAUAAAGGUGCAGCUAAGGGCAAUGGUGAAAAGUCAGAGAAGGAACAGAAUGCCACGUGUUUCCGAUGUGGUCGCACAGGCCAUUUCUCUUCAAAUUGUCAUGCCAAGAAAGACAAGGAUGGCAAGCCGCUUGAAGGGAAGCCCGCUCCAAAGAAAGAUGGAAAGGGAUCUGGUGAAGAGAAAGGUUCCAGCACAGGUCCUCAGAACAAAGGAAAAGGCAAAGGAUCCAAAGGUAAGAAAGUCAAUGAAAUGCUUGAGCAGCCUGAAGGCGAAUCGUGGCCUACCAAUGGUCCAGCUGAAAGUCAGGGUUCCAAUGGAGAUGGCAGCCGUGCGUCAGCUGCGAAGCAAGCAGCAGCCCCUUUGAAUCCCAUUUUGCCUACUCAGUCUUGGUUUGAAGACACGAUCGUGCAGUUUGAGCGAGAGCAGAUCACAGAAGAGCAGUUCGAUUUGGUCCACGGAUCAUUUCUCAUGGAGGAACAAUUUUCUUCUGAUUUUGAUUUUUCAUGUUUUGGAAACCCAUCAGAUUUGUGGAGUAAAACCAAGCAUGUUUGUACCAUGUCAGCUGCAGUUUUCAUGCCAAUGAUGCCAGAUGUCCCAUCAGAUUUGCACUGGUGGCUCAUUGAUUCAGGAGCAUCAGCCUCUGUUGUGAGUUCUCGCUUCCUGAAACACUAUGAAGUAGUAAAGAAUCAAGUGCUGGGACCAGCAACCGGCCCUGGGUUUUCAUCGGCAAGCGGUGAGACAAUUCAUCCAACUUCCCUUGUUUGCUUGAAAGCAUUUUUCCGCUUGACGUCCAGAGAAGAUCCUUCAGACACCAUGUUGAAAGAGUGCUUAGUUUCAGCUUUUGUAGCAGAUGUUCCCAAUAAUGUUUUGUCAGUGGGCAGCUUGCUGCGAAAGGGUUGGUCAUUAAGCAGUUCCGGAAGUGAAUUGGAAGUGUGCUUUGGAGGAUACAAUUUGGACUUGGUGACAUGGCAGAAUGUGCCAUGGAUUUUUCACAAAGUUGAGACGGUCAUGGACUUUUCCGAUGAUCGCGAUUUGCAGAAGACAUUUUGGAGCCGUCGGAAAAUCCAUGAUGGUCCGGUGAACACGGUUGAGCAUUUGAGCGAAACUGACAAAUCCAUGUUGAUGACAACCAAGAGACAGCCAGAUGUUUCAUUGGAAGAACUUGACCCCGCUGCUGCAUCCUCUUCUAGCCCAGCAUAUGUUAGUAGUAGGCCUGUUUCCGAUAGUGAAUCUCCAUACCGUGAAAGCCUCAGUGUGGAGCCUAACUCUAUUCCGGAUUCGAACGAGCCUUUUGAUUAUGAGCCCAAUAUGAUUGUAGACACAAACACAGGAUUUGCAUCCAUUCCUUCAGAAGAGUCUUCAGAGCAUCCAGCUGUAUUGCGAAAACGAGACUUGAAUAAAUCCAAGCUUGAGCAACACCGCCGUCAAGGCCAUUUUCCAUUCCAUGCAGAUUGCCUUUCUUGCCAAGCAGCCAAGUCCACGACUCACCACAGAAGAAAGAAGAAAUCGGUGUUGAGCAGUGAGAUGGCAUGUGAUUUUUUCUUCUUGAACUUGGAUAAAGCAAACAAAGAGUCUUUCAAGUAUCUAAUCAUGGUAGAUUUGACCACUGGAAUGAAAGGCGUGGCCCCUGUCCAGUCGGACAUUCGUUUGUCGCACCGAUGGAUACAGGCCUGGCUUGGCGAAUUCAAUAUGUCCACAGAAUGCCCCGAGCCAAUUGAAAUUAUCACGGACGCAGAAGAAGCUGUCUCAAGUUUCAUGAAAGGUGCCAUCAACCACAGGCCAGCUUCAUUUGUCAAAGCGCCGCCGCAAGGUCACCAGACCAUUGGUGGAGCAGAGGCUGGAGUCCGAGCCAUUAAAGAUGCGUUCAACACUCUUCGGCAAGACUUGCGUGAGAAUGGCUGUGAUGUUUGCGUCAGGAAUCAGACAGCUGUGAAUGUGCCAGCUAGCUUGAAGAAAGAUUGCAUUUCCCGAUUUGAGAAGGCAACGUAUUUGCGACCUGAGUUCAACUCAUUGGGGGAUGUAGUUUGUACUGUCAUUGGGGGGCAAGAACGUUUCUUUGUUUGCAAGAGCUUUAAGAUUGUUUCCCCAUUGGAGUGGGACAUCUCCUUGUCUCCAUCUGUUUUGCAUUUUUUCGACCGGAUGCAGCCUGAUGUUUCCAUUGAAGAUCUCUCCGCAAAGAUGUCUGUGCGACGUUUGAGUGGCAAGCAGAAGCCACCGCCAGGCCUGGGUGAAGCUGAUCAACCCGUCCAGCAGAGGUUUCCAGACUUUCCAGCAAACAGAGAGAAACGAGUUUCGUUUGAUCUUCCAAAGAAUCAACCCAUACCAGAAAGUCUCCCAGUUGAAGGGGGUCAACAUCUCGAUGAGAAUCCACAUGAUGUUCCAUAUUCGCCCAGCCUUGCACCCAGUUCUCCAAAGGCGUUGGACGAGCCAGAAGUCAUCCAUGACAUGGAAGUAGACGACUCUGCUGACGGAAUGGUAGAUCUAAGUGAAUUUGCAGCUGCUGGAGGCGAACCUACAGCCACGGAAGCUAUGGAGCUAGAUUUGGUAACAGCCUUGGAUAACUUUGAGCUUUCGUAUUUAGAAGAGCGUCACAUUGGCAUGUUGCAAUCGGUUUAUCAGAUCCGUGGAGUGAAACCCAAGAGCAGCAAGGCAAACCUUUGUGGGGAAGAAAUCUUACUUUUGUUUCCUGGAUAUGUCAUCAGUGACGCCAAUGGCCAAUAUCUUGACAAAGACCUUGCGUAUGCAGGGAUGCACACUGAAAUCGAUUCCAUGACCAGUCAGAAGGUUGGCAGACCAAUCCAUGAGCAGGAAGCCCAGCGUCUUGCCAAGCAAUGGCAGAUUAGUAUAAUCACUUGCCGAUGGGUUUGUGUUGAGAAAGAUCCCUUGAAUGUUCGCAUGCGACUAGUUGCACGGGAAAUGGCAAAAGGAAAGAGUUCUGCCCGUGACCUCAUGGUUUCUUCGCCUACUUCCAGCAUUGAAUCUUUGAGAAUCCUCAUUGCAGAAGCAGCAGUCCUGGACCUGGUGAUUCUAGGCCUGGACAUCAGUGCUGCAUUCAUGGCUUCUCCUCUAGGCCAUAAAUGGCUUGAGAACAAGCGGUUUGGCUUGGGUAGAGCACUUAAGAACUUCUGCAAAGAGAAAGAUCAGAAGGGAGAUUCGGUUGGCGCUGGAGCACCAGUGGUGGGGGUGGAUCGCAUCCUUCUUUGGAGUUUGGUGGAACGUUGCCGAGUCAACACAGUCGGACAAUCCGAGCAGUUCCCAUCCUUCAAGUGGACCAGCGCACGCCCGCAGCUGGCUGAGACUGCCAGCAGUGUGAGGGAGCGGGUUUUCGAUUUGCCAGAAUCCAUUCCAGGUGUCUGUCUCUUGAACGAGCUCGCAUUUUCUGGUCUUGAGGGAUCUGGUCCACAAGAUUUCGAUUUGCUAGCAGAAGGCCUGAAGCCUUGCGUGGCAUUCGACAUCUUCAAAACCUUGGUCUUUCCUCAGAGAUUAGCUGACAGGAGCCAGGAGCAAAUCUGCCUUGCCCGACACCGUGGUGAAUUGCAGGUGAUCCACAGAAAGACUGCAGAACUCUUGCAGAAUCUGUCGUUUCGUGGGUUUAACUUUUGUGCAAUUUUUUUCAUUGGGAAGAACAAUCAGCAGGAUUAUUGCAGGGCAUUGUCAGAAGCAAGCCUCCUUUCGUUGAUACCAAUCCUCUUCAUUGUGUUCGACCGUGAAUCGAAGGCCAAGCUCGCACGUCGUUUGGAUUGCAUUGUAGCUUUCGACGAUCAGCAGCAGUUGAUCACUUCAUACCAGCGGAAAGGUGUAAGGGCAGUUCAGGUGACAAGAGACUUUGGUCUCCAUACUCAUUCUGACGAGGCCCUGACCUACAUCUCUCAGCUGUGGGAGGAACAUCUGCAAGCUAGGCACAGCCAACAGUUUGUGGAUGCAAGACAGGUCCAAUUUCAGAUCGGUGUUGACCCUGCAGUUCACCAGUCCACGAUUGAUUCCCUAAAAGAAGCAUUGGGCAUUGAACCUGAGUUGGAGCGUCAGGAGUGCUGCGUCCGCGAACGAAGCAUCCGGUCCGGUGUGCAGGCACCAGGCAUUCUGUUUGUCGCCAAGAUUUGCAAACGUUUUCGGUUAGACAAAGAGAAGGGCAUGUCGCUUUCGCAACAGACUUACGUUGCCAAGCGACUGCGUGCCCACCAUGCCACACCCCUGGUCGAUGCCAGUCAGCUUGAGGAGCCAAGCUCCGAUGCAGUUCCCUUUUCGGUAUUUGAUGCCAACCAGGGAUCGACUGGUACUGUGACAUGGCUAGGGGACACUGGUGCCGGUAGAACUAUUGGAUGCAUCAAGCAUGUACCCACAGAUGUUGUCAGAGAGACGGGCAAUCCAGUCAGCUUUGCAACUGGUGGGGGCAAACGGGAUGGAAAUGUUUCGUGCCAGGUCCAGGGAGAAUUUACUGGGAACACUGAGUGUUAUUUGUUAGAGCAAAGCCCAUGGGCACUCUCAAUCGGCGAACAGGUGAGCAAAGGCAAGGCCUUUGUGUGGUUGCCAUGCUCUUCCUCAACCAGUGAGCAUCCAAUGACAGUCUCAAAGCCGUUCUUUGUUCGCGAAAGCGAUAUUGAUCAGCUGCAAGUGAUUUGUCCAGAGACUGUUCGGAAAUAUGCAGAUGAAGUAAGGGAGAAUGUGCCUCUGUUCAGGGAACAUGUCAGCAUCGCCCAUUUACCUGCACGCGUCACUGCAAGGGAAGAUGUAGUUGAACCAUCUUGCUUGCCAGGUAAUAGCCAAGUGCCUGAGGUUGGUGCAGAGGCACCAAACAGCUUUCCAGUUCUUCCAGGAGAAGAAUCUGAUGAAUACGAACCAAGCAUAGCCCCAGAUGAUGGUCACAAAGGAGAUGACUCCGAAGCACCUGCCUGCAGAGUUCCGGUAGAAGAAGGUGGUCAUCCACCGCUAGACCAUCAUAUUCUUCACCUUCCAAAGCGUCAUGAUUGCCCAGUCUGCCAAGAAGCGAAGCAAGAUGCCUUGCCAGCGAGAAAGGUGAAGGGUAAGCAUGUCAUGUCAGACGGUCGUCCAAGUGAAAAGUUUGGCGACCGAAUCCAUGCAGAUCACAUCAUCGUUUCCAAGGAUCGCCUCAGCAGUGAACAGAAAGGGGUAAAUGGCGAAGCUGUGUGCCUAAUCCUUUUUGAUGAUUUCACUCAAGCAGUAGGAGCGUACCCUGCCAGUUCAAACAACACUGACAAUUGCAUUCGGGCCUGUAACCAUUUCCUAGGUAGUAGAUCAGCUAACGAAUUGCAUUCUGAUAACGCGCCAGAGCUUGAAGCCUGUGCUGCGAAACUUGGACUUGUGCCGGACCUUGCCGUCCCAUAUCGCAAAACCUCAUUGAUCAAUCGCAAGAUUCGAACAUUGGAGGAUUGCGUGAGAUGCUGUUUGGUUCAGGUUGGGAACAGAAAUGCGCUGUGGCCUUUCGCAGUUCAAUAUGCUGCAGCCGCAAUGACUUUCGAAGUUUGGAGUGCGAUUCACAAACACGAGUUCACUGGUCUCAAGUAUCCAUUUGGUGCUUUGAUUCACUACAGGCCCAAUUUGCGAAAGUCCAAGCUAGGUUCUAAGACAAGACCAGGUUUGUUUUUGGGUUGGCGGGUUGAUGCAGGGGUGAACUGGAAAGGAGUGUACAAGAUUGUAGAUCUAGAAGUUGUCCGUUCAUGGAUUUCUGGCAAAGGAUCCUUGUCCACAACGACAUCCAUGACUGUUGUGUCACACAAAGAAGGCAGUUAUUUUCCAUUGAGGGAAGCAGUCCAAAAGCAACUUGAGCAAUUGGAAGACUUGCCGCGUUUGUUUGCAGACUCCACGAUCGAGGAGGAUAUCAAGGCAAUUGACGAUCCAGGUGUUUCCGAAGAAGAGGCAGAAGAGGAUGAGCCUAGAAAACGCCACGAGAAGAUCACUCUUGAAAGGUUUAUCGAUCAUGGGCCAAGCCCAGGCAACACCAAAGCUCUUCGAGGCUUUUGGACCGGAAUUUCAACUUUCGACAUCCUAGAGGAAGGCGAUGCUGUUCCUGCAGAAGUGCAUGAUGUGCGGCCUCGAUUUGUGGGCUUCACUGCCUUGCAAACCUUGGACUUCAUGGCAGCGCAUGAACAUUCAUCGAUACGGCACGUCAUACCUCAGAAAGCGGCCGUGUCCAUUUCGAAUGGCCUUCUCACUGCCAAGGUCAUAAGCAGGAGGGACUGGAUCAACGAUCCUGCAGCACUUGCAGAAGUAAAGAAGGAGGCCGAUGGUCUCGUGAAAGCAGGAAAGGAGAUUGCGAUAGGUAAAGAAUCAAGCCUCUACCCGAGCAAUUUUUACAUCGAGCAGUGGAAAUUGUGGCUAACCCUUUACGUGGAUGAUAUGGUGCUAUCAGGGCCAUCAGAGAAUCACGAGAUCUUCUGGAAGGCUCUCUCUACACAUCUGAAUUUCGAAGAGCCGGGCCCUGUCAGUCGUGUGUUGGGUAGGUCGCAUGAAUUCCUUGGUGACACCAUCAUCUUCAACAUGGACGAUUUUGCUGAGGCAGCGUGCCAACUUUACAAAGAUGUAACUGGAACCAAGAACUUCAAACCUGCAGCCACACCAUACCUCGAUGAAUCCACUUUGCCAAUCGACGAUUGGGAAACCAAAGGGCAGUUGAGCAAUGUGGCAGCCAAAGUGAUUAUGAAAGGGUACUGGCUCGCACGUCUCGCGCGCCCAGACCUGCUCCAUUCUUUAAAUGAGUUGAGCCGUCAAAUCACUCGUUGGUCCCUAAAUGACGAUAGGAGAUUGUUCCGCGUGUUUUGCUAUCUCAACUCCACAAAGCGGUAUAAGAUGAGAUGCAGACUGGACCCGGAUGCACCGUGGGAGCUUUGGCUUUUCACAGAUGCUGAUCACGCUUCAAAAGUAGAUCAUGGCUACUCAACGUCAGGCUCAAUACUGGUUAUUGCCGGAGGAAAGUCAUACUUUCCGAUAGCGUUCCAAUCUAAACGCCAGACUGCAUGCAGCAGAUCUACGACGGAAGCUGAGGCGAUUUCACUCGCAGCAGCAUUGUUUAGUGAUGUCAUCCCUGCUCAGGAACAUUUAGCCUCUGUAUUGAAGGCUCAAGUGCCUAUGACCUGUCAGCAGGACAACACAGCUACCAUACAAGUCAUCAACAAUGGGUUUUCGGCAAAACUCCGUCAUUUGGGCAAAACCCACAAAAUCAAUAUCAAUGGGUUAUAUGACAUUUUCCGACUAGAAGAAGACGUUGCUUUGCAGCAUUGUCCAACAGACAUGCAGUCGGCAGACAUCUUCACGAAGAAUCUCGAUGCCCACAAAUGGAGUCAUGCCCUGUCAAUGGUUGGCAUUGUGCCAGAUUAG